GAUGUCAAAGAGUAUGCUAAUUUGCGAAAGGAGAUGCAAGAUUUGAUGGACUUUCUCACCAAAAACUAUAGAUGGCCAGGUGAAAGCAAUGCAACAGAUGAAGAUUCACACAGGGCAGAAAGACUUUAUGAGGAAGAGACAGAUGACUGGAUGACAAAGUAUGAGAAGUUGGGCGUACAUGUCAUUGCGAAAUCAGUGGACCUGCACAGGGAGGGCAGAUUUGUCACUGAUGGAAUGCUGAAAGACGAACAGUGUGAGGAGCUUCUCACUCUGACAAAAGACUUGGCGGUGGAAAAGGUUGGGUCUCAAAAGUUUGAUUUAAAGAUAGCGCACCAGAAGCUGGAAGAAAGUCUAGAUGAGGGGUAUGAAGUCACUCUGAGACUGUUCUUCAGAGCGACAGAGAUUGUGAGUCAGUACACACAGAGAUAUAGAGGUGCAGACCACCCACUUUAUCUGAAAAAUGCCUUUAUUGUUUGCUGGUCUCAGCCACAAGAUGCACGUGAAGUACACGGAUGCUAUGCUCGGGAAGAUGGUACUUGCGUCCAGUUUGAUGAAAAGUGCGCUGGGCUUCAGUCUGAUGCAUACACAACUGUGACUGGUCUCAGUAACGCAGAUGGAGAUUUUCAGUUCUUAAAUGAAUGGCAGGAAGUUGAUAACUCUUUUGGUGUGAGAUGUGGUCGAACAGUGGGAUUCAAUACUGGUGAUUGUCACACAAUGAAGGUUCCUCGAAAGAAGGAUCAUAAAAUGUGUUCCUUGGUGAUUAGAUUCACUUCUGACCAAGCUGUUGAGAAAGAAUACAGAGACACUUUAGCACUGCUACAUGCAGUGGACGCACUGCGGUAUGCAAGAGGAAUGAAGAUGGGAAAUAAUAUUUUGAAAAAGUUUGAAGACGAAGGUGUCAAGAUUGUAAAGACUGGUGAGGAACUAAUGGGAAAGCAACGGUUUGUGGCCGAUGGCUUAGCUUCUGACAUCCAAUGCAGCACCCUUAUAAAUAUGGUUCAGAUCAUGGGUGUGGUAGCUGAAGAGUCCACUGAAGGAUCAGCCAAGCCUACCUUCAUAUCUCCACACACAGAGCAUGAAAAGUAUCUAGGAAUAACCAUUUUUAGAGCUUCCAAGCUCAGCCAUCGAGGAAAGAUCUCAAUAUUUGGUCUUCGAACUUUCUUGGAAUUGAGUGAAAACUCACGUCUGCUAGUGGAGAAAUAUUUUAAUCUAACAAAGCCUCUGUAUUUUGACUACACUCAUUUGGUGUGUCGGACUGCAGUAGACGACUCCAACACCAACAGAGAAGAUCUGAGCCACCCAGUACAUGCAGACAACUGUAUACUGCAGCCUGAUGGCUCUUGCACUCCAGAUUUCCCGGCUUAUAUCCACAGGGAUUACAGUGCCGUACUUUAUCUGAAUUCUGACUUCGAAGGUGGAGAGUUCUUCUUUGCACAUUCAAACAAAUCUGAACAGGUUUCUUUGAGACCAAAAUGUGGCCGCCUGGUUGGUUUCCAUGCUGGAGAAUUUCAUGGUGUGAAAGCGGUCAAGAGUGGACACAGGUGUGCUCUGGCCCUAUGGUUUACUUUGGAUCCUGGUUAUAAGGAGCUCGCACACAUCCAGGCUCGUAACAUUUUGAAACAACUGGAAGAUGAACAGAAAGCUGAAGAAAAACUAGUGCAUGAAGAUCUUUGA